AUGAAAACAGUUAUUCUGACAAUAUCUUCGCUGGCAUUGUUCAGCGUAUUAGUGUCCGCACAAGGUCCAAUAAUACCAAUAUACGACAUAUCAGAAGCCAGGUCCUUAUUCGAUAAAUUCAUUCUAGAACAUAAGAAAGAAUAUUCAGGGACUGAUGAGUAUAAUAAGCGGUACGAUGUAUUUGUGAAGAAUUUGAAGACGAUCAAUCAAAUCAAUUCUAACGAUCCGACGACCGUCGCUGAUAUUAAUGAGGUAGCCGACUGUACUGAUGAGGAGAAUAGGCCAGUUCGAGGCUUCGUAUUUAAUAUACGUUUUGAGAAGCAAAGGAAGAACCUGGUGUACAAAGCUAACUGCUGCUGCGUUUGGAAUCGCCAUUAAUAAAAAAAUACGUAGACUACGUGUGACAUAGAAUAGCAGGAAAUAAAUGAGGGCGCCACUGCGUUACUGUCAUAAUUUUGACAAAAUAUUUAAACAUGGCAACAAUUCUGUAAGUAAAUUGUUUAGUUCCAUUUUAGAUAAUUUAUAUAAUUUUAUGGAGUAUUACCAUAACUUAAAUUUAGAUUUAGCAAUAAACGAUUUUAUAUGACAAAAA